AACAGUGAAAAAGCAUCCUACUCGUACUGGAUUGGCUCAAAAACUUCAUGUGGUCUACAUUUAACCACGUUCUCCAUAUAUAACACACAAUGAUUUCUCUCUUUAUACAUCAACCCUUUUAACUAUAUCCACUUAUCCAAUACAGAAGUGAUCAGAGAUCAGUUUGCAUCUGGUGCAACACUUUUUGGCUAAUAAACCAAGAAAUUCUCAAACCAAUAUGGAAGCUUGCUUUGUCACUUCAAAGCCUUUCUCAGAGAAACUCUUCCCUUUGUUAGGAUCAAGAACUUCUUAUUCUACAAGAAAAAGGUUAUCUGUUAGUCAGUUUCAUCAGCUCAAAAAAAUUGGCACUCCUUUGUCAGUUACAUGUUGCCAAGCAAGCUCACCAUUCUCAUCACCUUCACCUCAAGAUGAAGAAAAACCUAUUGUUAAAAUGGACUGGCGAUCAUUUCGAGCUAGAUUAGUUGCCGGAGAACGACCUUCCCGGUUGGAAGAUCAUUCCUCCGUCGUCAAUCCCGACACCGUUGACGACCUUCCGCCACCUCCGGCAGUCACAAUUGGUAGCAAAUGGGCCCACACAAUUCACGAACCAGAAAAAGGUUGCUUGCUUAUUGCCACUGAGAAGCUACAAGGAGAACAGAUUUUUGAGCGGACUGUAGUUCUCUUGUUGUCAUUGGGGCAUAUCCCAACGGGCUUAAUUCUCAACAGGCCUUCACUUAUGUCCAUUAAGGAAAUGACAUCAUCGGCAUUGGACAUGUCCGGUACGUUCGCGAAUAGGCCGUUGUACUUUGGUGGGCCAUUAGAAGGGGGGCUUUUUUUGGUGAGCCCAAAUGAAGGAAGUGAAGAUGGGGUUGGGAAAAGUGGGGUUUUUGAUGAAGCAAUGAAGGGUUUGUAUUAUGGUACAAAGGAAAGUGUGGGUUGUGCUUCUGAAAUGGUGAAAAGGGGUAUAAUUGGGCUUGAUAAUUUUAAGUUCUUUGAUGGGUAUUGUGCAUGGAAAAGAGAUCAAUUGAGUGAUGAAAUUAAAGCUGGUUAUUGGACAGUAGCAGCUUGUAGUCCAAGUGUAAUUUGGCUGUCUGAUGUUGGAAGUGUUGGGCUUUGGGAUGAAGUUCUUGGGCUUAUGACCCCGAAGAAAGUCCGGUAACUGAUAUUGGUAUAAUUUGGAUAAUUUCUGAUAUUAUCACUUGUUAAGAGAGGGUGUGAGUUUGAACUUGUGAGUUAGAUUUGUGUUGUUGUAUGUAGAAGCCCAAUAUUGUAAAUUAUUAGUAUAAAUAACAUAAACUCCAACCUUAUUGGAAUUAUUUA